CGCUGCUUGUUGAUGAAAUCAAGAAUCAAAAUUAUUGCAAAUAAUUCAAAAUAUCAAGUGCUUUCCGAACAAAUAUAUGUCCAAAUUUAAAGCGCAUAAAAUCCACUAUUAAAUAUCGAUUAUAAAAAGUUAAAAAGUUUGUGGAAACGAUUUCGGAAUCAGAGCCACGGCAAAGAAAGCUGGUAAACAAACGAUAUGCGUAUAGGCCAGGCCGAAAAGGACAAGAUAACAAAUCCCCCAGCAGCACUUAAGGCAUAAAUCUCAAACUCAAUCAACCAUCCGAGGCUGGGAAAAAGAGGGGAACAAACUCGCCAGACAGAGACAAACGAUCUAAGUGGCUGCUGUUCAUCUGGAUAUUGGGACAAAGUCGGUACCAGAAUAAGGAGCAGGAACAGGAGCAGGAACAGGAGCAGGAACAGGAGCGGGAGCACCCUCAUCAUCAUCAUCCUGCAUGUUGAUUUCAGCUGAAAUUGCGACCGCAACGAAGGACAAACAAAUUCACAUUGAAGGGGAAAGCUUUCAAGGACACAUCAUGGCCAGGUUCACCCAGGAAUUCAGGGAUUCUAGUGCAUUUGCUGGCCAUUUGAAUUAUGGCCUUUGUCAACAUGACGGUGCCGUCGCCAGCCACGGUUAAGCUGAGCAGAUUCUUCAUUACAAGCCCGCUGAUCGAUAGCAAUCUGGGCCAGAAUGCGGCCACCAAUGGCGAUGCCAUCGAUGCCAGCGUCGACGGGAUUGCAGCCGACUGAAGUGCAUCCGGUGCAACAGGUGCAUGUGCAUGCCACGCCCUCCAAUCCGCAGGAGAUUCACCAGGACCGAAGUCCACACAACCACCACGUCAAACUGCCACCGCUGGAACUGCUGGUGGAGAACAAGAUCAGCUACAGCAGCUACCAGCAGCACAAUCAAAACCGCUCCAAGCGAAGUUCCCUGAGCAGUCCCUCGUCCAGUGAGGAUUGUGUCAGUGCUGCCAGGGCAAGCAUUUUUGAUGACGCCGCCGAGAGUUUUGUGAUCAAUUUCCCCUCGGAAUCGGCAUCCUCGCAGCACCUGCUGCCCUUGUCAGAGACGGUGCCGUUGCUCACCCACAUCGAGGCCACGGUGGUGGAUAAGCAGCGUUCCAUAAGGCUGAACAAGAAUAGUGCCUCGCUGAUAUUUACCAAGAAGGAACUAAACCAGGGAAACCAUCAACAUCAGCAUCACCAUCAUCAUCAUCAUCAUCAUCAUCAGCAGCAACAGCAGCAAAGGCGGCAGCACCACAGCAGUCUAUACGGAGUGGGUAGGAAGCCCACCAAGCACCUGCCACCCACCAGGGGUCAACAUCAGCGUCGAAGCCUACCGCUCAGCUAUAACAACAAUCUGGUGACCACAGCUCCAACAGGAGGAGGGGGAGGCGGAGCAGGAGCCGGUGGGGCAGCCAAGCUAGUGCCGCUCAAGCAGCAGCAGCACCAGCACCACGGAGCAGGUCACACGGCACCACCCACGGCCAACGUCGUUGUUGCUGCUGGAGCGGGGGCUGCGGCUCCGUCCGCCCGCAAGCAGCUCUCCUACUCCUGGUACGCGCCCGUCUACAGUGCCCUCGAGGAGGAGCUGGAGCAGGACUCGCGGGACUCCUCGCCAAUCCACAAUCUGGCCAACACAAAGCAGCACCAGCGCUCCGCCAGCCAAAAGGCCACCACCGUCCUGCAUGCCACGCCCCGCCACGAUCACGCCCUCGAUUCUGCCGACGCCGAGACGGUUGCGCUGCUGGACACGCAGGCGCGCAGCAAGGUCAUCAUUUCCUCGGCGAAUGGUGACGCUGGCGGAGCAGGGGCUGGAGGUGGAUUUGGUGGAGGCGGCGGAGGAUCUGGCAUCGGCGGAGCUCUGGCUGCGAAUGGAGGUGAUCUGGAGAGCUCGCUGGGACUUUCCGGCGGUGGGCAGUUGCCGCGAAGGCGUCGCUUCGAGAACUUUCUCAAAUCGCUGGUGGGACUCAAGGCGAGCAGCAGUCGCGGCGGAGGAGGUGGAGGCGGAUCAGGAGGAGGAGGAGGAGUUGUCGGUGGAGGCGGAGGCGCAGCUGAGCGAGAACGACCCGCCUCCCCUGAGAUACGUAUCACCCGCACUCCCUCCGAGCAGGAUGUGGUGCUGCGGGAUCCCUCUGGCCGGCAGCUAGCCAACGGCCAAGGACAUGCCAGCCUGAGCAUCAGCGGUUCGAGCAGCUCCUUGAAUGUGGUCCAGCAGAAGAUAUGGCACCUCAUGCGACGCGAGGGCAGCGCCAGCAGCCUGCACCAGGAGAAGUCCCAGUCGAUUGUCCAGUACACGGGACUGCGCAAGUGCGAAACAGUCCUGGCCCUCACCCGUCAAUCGCAGUCGCACGGCCAAGUGCAUGGCUUGAGCCAGAGCCGGAGUCAGGGACACUCGUUGGCUGUCCAUGGCAGCGGGAUAUUCAGUUCGAGUGGAGUGGAGCAGAUCCGACCACUGAACCGCCUGCGUAACUCUGUGAGCAGCAUUAAUGGGGUGGGCACCUGUUCACGUUGCUCCAGCUUGUUAUCCCUGGCUGCCUCCGGCUCGCGUUACUCCCUGGCCAAUGGUUUUGUGCCACGGCCGAACUCGGCCGUGGAAGGAGAGGAGCAGCGGCGGACGCAGGAGCCGCACAUCAAUGUGAAUGCCCAGAUCAGACUAAGCGGUGGAGCAACUGCCAACGCGACCAGUCCCAGUCCGCCGUCCAAUGUGACCACGGCCACGCUGCACUCGAGUUCCGCCAAUAAUCUGAAUGUAAAUCAGGAGGACCAGCCGCCCACGUCCACGCCCACGCCCGCCACCACGCCUUGUGAAGCACCCGGAGGCGGCGGAGGCGGCGAAUUGGGACCCUUUGGAACCAAUCACGCUUAUCCACUGACCGUGAGCUCCCUGCUCUCCAUGGCCAGUGCGAAUCAAGCGGCCCAGGCUUGCUGCGUCCGGGAUGGGAUUGCGUUGAAGCGCCGUGAGAUGCUCGGCUCUGCCGAUGCUACGCCCUCGGUGGGCACUCCGGCCACGCCCACCACCACCACGUUCCAGCCCUUCACCUGCAAGCUGUGCCUCAUCGAUGUGGAGGAUGUGGGCGAAGCCAUGGCGCUGCAACAGUGCGGCUGCCAGUUCUGCAUCGAGUGCAUGCGGGCCUACGUGGAGUUUGAGAUAUCCGAGGGCGCCUACGAGAUCUCCUGUCCGGACGCCAAGUGUCCGGCCCAGGGCGCCAUUUCCCUGCCCGAGAUCGCGAACCUAACCACAACGAAUCUGCUGAAGAAGCACCAUCGCUAUCGCCUGAAUCGAGAAAUCGAAUUGGACAAGACGCGCACCUGGUGUCCACGGGCUGGCUGCGAGACCAUCUGCAUGGUGGGCGGGGCAGUGCAGCCUGGCCAAAACAGCGCCAUUUGCCAAAUGGACGAGUCGCCGUCGACAUCGCAGAGCUACAGCCCGCAGCAGGAGGCGGCCGGAAGCGGAAGUGGAAGUGGAGGUGGAGGAAACACAGGUGGCGAGGCCGGAAACGGAGCACCCGUGCUCUCGGUAUCCGUGCACUGUCCCUCCUGCAAGGACGAAUUUUGCGGCCUCUGCAAAAAGGCGUACCACCCGAACAUAAGCUGCGAGGAGUUUGGCCGCCGCCUGAUUGCUGAUGGCCAGGACGACAUUGGCAUACCGUUCGACAACGAGCUGAUCAAGUGCUGCCCCAUGUGCGCGGUGCCCAUCGAAAAGGACGAGGGCUGCGCCCAGAUGAUGUGCAAGCGCUGCAAGCACGUCUUUUGCUGGUACUGCCUGGCCAGUUUGGAUGACGACUUCCUGCUGCGCCACUACGACAAGGGACCGUGCAAAAACAAACUGGGUCACUCCAGAGCCUCAGUCGUGUGGCAUCGCGCCCAGGUGAUCGGAAUCUUCGCCGGCUUUGGGAUCCUGCUGCUGGUGGCCUCGCCGCUGCUGCUCCUGGCCGCUCCCUGCAUCAUCUGCUGCAAGUGCCGCGGCUGCAGUGGCUCCAAGAUCGACGAGGUGGACGCCGAGCUGGAGGAGGAGGUCACCGCCUUGCAGGGCUAGGUCGUUGCACCUUCCAUCCCCAUCUCCAUCUCCAUCCCAUCCCCAUCCGUACGCGACACAAGGCUGCAGCGUGUACAUGCAGCUGCUGUAGUUACUGGUGGCUUCUAUUGUUAAUGACGACAAGCUUACGUACAUUUAUUUUAGUUAUUACAAUUAUAAUUGUAUAUGUGUUAACUAAAUUGUGAUAUUUACAGUGAUUCGAUUUCUAAUUGAAUCGACAAAUUUGUUGAGAACCUAAACAAAGACAAGACGCCUUCGAUUCUUUUUAGGUUCUGUCUCUACAUAUAUUCUUUCCUCCCCUAACUACACUUAUGACUAUGUAUUCGACUAAAUCAAUCUGUAUAAAGCAAGUAGGUCCUCUUUCUAGCGCAUAAGUUAGUCUAAAUAUAUUAGGAGUAUGCCUCGUA